AUGUUCACAAAAUACCUAGGAAGACGUUACAUUGGUGGGAGUAUUGACUAUGUUGACUACGUAGACAUGGACGUGUUUUCCGUACAUGAGUUAGACGAUAUGUUGAAGGAGAUAGGUUAUAUCAACAGUGAGCUUAUCUACUACCACUUCUUGAUUCCAGAGAUUGAAAUCGAUUAUGGGUUACUUCCUCUAGGUAACGACUCAGACAUACUUUUGUUAAGUAAUCAUGUCGCUAAUCACAAAGAGAUUAUGGUGUAUACUGAACAUGGAACUACUAGACUCCAUAUAUACUUUAUGUCUCUAAAUAAGGUCGUAUUGGAAGAAAUCAAUGAGCCUAUUUCUCCUGAACUCAAUCAAAAAAAAUUUACAAGUACAGAGCCUGCAAGUGAGGAGCUUAACAAAGUCCAAGAUGUUGGCCCUUCAGAAGACUUUGAUCCUUUCUUUUAUAUGGAUCAUAAUGAUUACCAACUGAUGGGGGACAAUGAUUACCAAAAUAUGGGGGAUAAUGAAGAAAUCGGAGAUGUUAUUAGUGACGAGACUAGUACCGAUGGAAGUAUAAGUGAAGAUAGUGAGUUUUUAGUGGAUGAACUUAAUAUGGUGGAGGAUUUCAAAGUGAAUAUGAAAGACUUCCAUAGUGGUGUUUAUUCUUUUCCAAAUCUAGAUAACCACCCAUCAUUCAAUGCACCUGAUGUCACAGUUGAUAAGGAUUUGGAGGUGAUAGAUACACAGUUGUUUGAAUCAGCUGGUGUAGAAGAAGAUGAGAGGAAGAAGUUAAUGAGAAGGUUAAACAAUCCAACCACGUGUUCAUCAGGAGUAGUACAUGAAACUGCAUUCCAUCUAGGUGAAAUAUUUAAGUCCUCAUCAGAAGUGACGGACUACAUUAAAAUGCAUUCAAUUCGAACUAGGAGAAACAUUUACUCUGUAAAAAAUGAUAAAAAAAGAAUUAGGGCAAAAUGCAGGGGUGUGGUCCCGGAAGUGACAGAUAAGUCUCAAGGGUCACUUACCUCAACAACCACAAAACUUUUAGAUGGAGUUAAGAAAGAUGCUUCUCAAUACACUUGCAUAUUUAAUGGUGCCGAGAAGACUCAAGUUACUGGGACAAUGGGGGAACAAUUUGCGGUUAAUUGGAGGGACAUGAAUUGUAGUUGCAGGCAUUGGGAAAUCACUGGGAUACCAUGCUCUCAUCUUGUUAGUUCCAUUUGGGAUAAGGUGGGGAGACCAAAAAAGAAGAGAAAGAGAGCUCAAACUGAAGAACCAAAUAAUAAAGGUAAAAGUUUGACCAGGAAGUUCCUUACAGUUACUUGUAGCAAAUGCAAGAACAAAGGUCACAACUCUAGGAGUUGCAAGGGACAAGGGGGACAAAAUGAAGUUAGAAAUUUUUUUGCAGGGGGCAAGAAGCUUAGCAAGGAAAAGAAGCAGGGAGAUGGCAAGAAAGAGAACCCCAAAAUGAAGAAAGCUAAGACUAAGUUGGUUCUUGUGUGUCUUUAUCUUUUGUUGGUAUUAUGCAGAGAUUCUCGAAGCUUGUUCAUGGAUCUUAGCAAACCUGGAAUGACAGCCACAACCCUACGACACAUGGGCUCAUCAAACCAUGCAAUGAAACCGCAACUGCUAGGACAUUUCCAAAACCUACGCCCUGGAUUGAGAGCCGUCCAUGAUGUCACUAUCACCGCUUGCCUUCCAUAA